AUGACUGAAAAUCAGUCAAGUGUAGCAUCUGGCCCGGCUGUACGGUCCGAGGAUCCAGCAUGGGCUUAUGGCCGUGCUGUGCCGGAUGCAAGAAAUAACACCCAGUGUACUUUUUGUUGUAAAAUGAUAAGGGAGGGAGGAAUUACUAGGCUCAAGUAUCAUUUAGCUGGGAUUCCGGGUGAUGUUGAAGCAUGUAAAAAAGUAUCUGAAGAUGUAAAAUGGCAAAUGAAACAGUUGAUUGAAGAUUUAAAGAAAAGUAAACAGAAAAAAAGAAGAAUGAAUAAAGAAAUUACAAAUCCCUAUGAUGUAAAGGAGAAGGAGGAGGAUGAUCAUCAUCAUGAUGAAGGUAAUAAUGAUAAUGAGAGAGGGGGUUCAAAGAGUCAUUCAUCAAUUAGUAAUUAUAACACUAAGGGGAAAGAAAAAGUUGGAGAAAAGUCAAACAUUAAAUCCUAUUUUGCUCCAAGAACAAAACCUGGUUCUCAACCAUCCAUAAGGUCUUCUUUGGCCUCAAAGCAAAUGGUUGAGAAGGCAAGAAUGAAUUUUGCAAGAUGGUGGUACCAUGCUAAUAUACCUUUCCAUGCCGCUCACUCUGUGUAUUAUCAAGAAGCUUUAGAUAGUGUAGCAGCUAUUGGGCCUGGUUUUAAGGGACCUUCUUAUCAUGACUUGAGGGGGCCUUUAUUACAAAAACAUGUGGGUGAAAUGAAUGAUUAUCUCUUAGAUGUGAAAAAUGAUUCGAAAGUUUAUGGGUGUUCAAUUAUGUCAGAUGGGUGGACAAAUCAAAAGAGAGCUCCAAUCAUUAAUUUUUUAGUGUAUUGUCCUAGAGGUAUCAUGUUUCUUAAAUCCCUUAAUGUGUCAGGCCUAACAAAGGAUGCAGAUACAUUGUUUAAGUUGUUUGAUAAAGUUGUUCAAGAAGUUGGGCCUAAGAACGUUGUGCAGUUCAUUACAGAUAAUGAUGCUUCUUACAAGUCUGCAGGAAAGAAGCUAAUGCAGAAAUAUGGGACAUUCUAUUGGUCUCCUUGUGCAGCCCAUUGCAUUGAUUUAAUGUUGGAAAAUUUUUCUGAUAAAAGAUAUUUUCCUAUCAUUGAUGAAACCAUUCAAAAGGCUCAAAAGAUUACCAAAUUCAUAUACAACCAUGGCAAGAUUUUAGCUUUGAUGAGAAGCGACUUCACUAAUGGUAGGGAUUUGAUUCGUCCAGCCAUCACAAGGUUUGCAACUGAGUUUUUAAGUCUUCAAUGCUUGACUAAGUUCAAGAAAGAACUUAGGCAAAUGUUUACUUGUGAUCAACGGGUUGAAUCUCGAUAUGCUAGGGAUGUCAUGGGAAAGGAGGUGGCUGCAAUUGUUUUGGAAGAUAGAGAGUUUUGGUUACAAUGUCAACAAAUAGUGAAGAUUAGUGAGCCUUUGGUUAGAGUACUACGUCUUGUAGAUGGGGAUGAAAAACCAUCAAUGGGAUACUUGUAUGAGGCAAUGGAUAAAGCAAAGGAGAAUAUAAAAGCAAGGCCGUCAUUUAAGAAGCAAAAAGAUGUUACAAAAGGCCUACUUAGUACCAUUACAAGGCUGGUUUCUGAUCCUGAUGAGCAAGAUAUUCUUAGUUCUCAAAUUGAAUCAUACAAAAAGUCUUUAGGUGACUUUGGAAUGCCUAUGGCAAUCCGCCAACGUGAAAAACUAAGUCCAGUUGCUUGGUGGGAGAAAUUUGGAAAUGACACUCCGAAAUUACAAAAGUUUGCAAUUCGAGUGCUAAGUCAGUGUUGUAGUGCAACUGGUUGUGAAAGAGCUUGGAGCAUGUUUGAGUUUGUCCAUUCCAAGAGGAGAAAUAAGCUUGAGCAUAAACGUUUGAAUGACUUGGUGUAUGUUCGGUAUAAUCUGUUGUUACGAGAAAGGAACAUUAGAAGGACAAAGGAUUACUUGGAUCCUAUAAACCUUGAUAAUAUUGAUUUAAUGGAGGAUUGGGUAGCUGAGGAAUCUGAAUUUUUGUUACUAACUGAGGAAGGUGUGAAUUGGGAUAGCAUUGAAGAACCAUUAGCAACAAUGACUUUAGAAGAUGAUAAUGAUGAUGAUGAUGAUGUUGUUGUUCUUGAUGAGGAAGAUGGUGAAAAUGAUGUUGUGUUGACAGAUGCUAAUACUCAUGUGUAUUAUGGUCCUGAUGUAAAUCCUUUUGAAGGAUGGGAGUAG